CGCAACACACAGCGGUGUUAUCCGUAGGUAAACGUUACGGGCGCCUUAAUUGUUCUCCACUUCCCAAGCAAGCCAAAAUUGUCGUUUUUUGUGUGUACUUAUUUAUUUUCCGAUUUUUCUAUCCGUUUUUGGUGAGAAUUUAUGUUACUUUCGGUGUGUAGCUCAAAAACAAAACCAUAAUGGAGUGGCAAUUUGUGAUUCCGCGGGUGAACUCCGAGCUGCUUAGCUCGGACAAAAACAACUAUUGCGUUGGGCGCGUUCUUGACUCGCAAGAGAUCCCGGACGCGCUUAGAAAUGCUCGCUCUGCACUGAAUGACCCGUUCGGAGUGUUUGACCAUUUCGAUACGUUCUACUCGGUGAUUGACAAUGCUCAGCUAUUGUCCGGGACAAAUUUGUUACGUGCACACGAUUUGCUGUAUAUUGGUGUUGACCGAUUGGGUACCAGAAUAGCGGAUUUAUUAGGCAAAACAGAUUUGCCCCAGGAAGAUCGACUGCAGGCAUUGAAUGCAGUCAAAAUGUUGGUUUAUCUGAUGGGAGGAACCGUGAAGGCGAUUGAUGCGUACAUUAACUCCUCAAAGGACAGUGUAGGAUUGUUGAAGAAAGGAUUCAACAAGAAGAAGGAUAACGAGCAAGUGGAGGCUUUAGACUGGGAUAAUAAGCGAUAUCGGUGCAUUGUGCAGUUGUAUAAUCUGUUCCAGUUGCCUUUGGAGAAACUCUGGGACCCGCCCGUGUGCGAAGAAUCGUUUGUAGAUGUAAUAUGUGACAUCUGCUAUCGAACAUUGGAGCAAAGCUAUGUGAAGUCGCGAAGUGUAUCCGACAGUGUGUUUCAAAUCUUGGGAACUGCAAUCAAACGGUAUAACCAUGCUCUGUCUUUCCCGGUGAGGACGCUUCAAAUUUUGGAACAAUGCGAAGCUUCUAUCGCUCCGAUUGCGUCCGGUGUGAUGCUUCUCUAUGAGGAAUUCGGAAUCGCAACGAUAUAUCCGGUACUAAUCAAAGAGCUUAUCGAACGGCUUAGCGUAGACGCGGCAGACACUCAAACAGCCCGUCACUGCAGCCAGUUCAUGUUGGAACUCGGAACACUUGCUCCAAAGUUGAUAAUUCCACAUUUGUCUACCCUGAGUGAAGAAUUGCUAGGAUUAGAGUCGUAUGUGGUUCGGAACUGUGUUCUACAAAUAAUGGGAGAAGCAAUUGUAACCGAACUAACGUCCGAAGAGUUAACCGAUGAGUUGAAAGAAACAAGAGAUGACUUCCUUCAGGACCUUUUGAACCACAUUAUGGAUGUAUCGGCGCAUGUUAGAUCGAAGGUACUGCAAAUCUGGCACAACAUAGAACGCCAAAAUGCGGUUCCCCUUAGCUGGCAGCACCAGGUGCUCGAAAAGGCUGUCGAACGUCUGGAAGACAAGGCGCUGAUAGUACGAAAAAACGCCAUCGCACUUAUUAAAGCAUUUCUCGAACACAAUCCAUUCUCCGCGAAGCUUUCGCUCGCCGAACUGCGCACACAGUACGAGCAAGCGGAUAUCCGACUGCAAGAGAUCCGCACCAAGCUGGUUGAGCAGGGCACUGUGCUGAAGAAAAUCGAAGAGGACUGGGAGGAUUUGACCGUGCAAAUGUAUCCCGUUAUCUCCGAGGUACUCUCGAAAGAGAACUCCUCGGAAGAUGCGACUCAGUCGGAAGGCACGAUGGAUGACGUGGGAACGUUGGUGAAAGAAAUUGGACCCAUGAUCGAAGGCCAGCGAUACAAGGAAUUGAUUCAUCUGGCAUGUAAAGUGGACUUUGCGCUUGGCAAUACGGAAAGCAGAAAAACAUUGAACGUCGAACAGCAGUGCUUGUAUUACAUGAUGGUAUUGAAAAAAUAUUACAUUACCAGUCGGCAAGGACCUAACCACAAUGAGGAAUUUGAAAAAAUCGAAAACGAAGUAAAUUUCCUGAAGGAUUCCAUACGUUUCUCGGAGAUUGUGUCCGAUGCGGUACCCAAGUUGCAGGACAUGUUAAUGUCGAAGUCUCAAUCAGAUGUCUUUGAAGCGAUCGAUUUUUUUACAUCAGCCUAUCUGUUCGGCAUCAGGGGAACCGAGUGCGGGAUGCAGCAGAUGCUGUACCUGGUAUGGUCCUCAGAUGCGGAGAAACGAAACAGCGUUGCUGCCGCCUACAAAAGGGUCCUGUUGGAAGUUGAUCUCGAAGGCCGAGCGAAGAGUGUGAAGGUGGUCCGUAAUUUGUGUCAGUUUAUGAUCAAUUUGACGAUGGGUCAUUACACUGCUAUGGAGGUUUUGGUUAAAGAAUGGGUCGAGAGUGGUGAUUUGGACGCUCAAAUGAUACAGGUCAUGUUCGAAUUGUACACGAAGAAACUUGAGAAUGUGACCGAUUCGGAAUCUCGCCAGGCACUUCAAUUGCUUUUGAUGGUUUCGGUUGGCAAACCGUCGGUCGUAACAGCUAACCAAACUCUGUUGGAAAGUAUAGGUUUCGGUCAGAGGGGACGUGCCGAUCCCCGAAUAUUUACGACAACGCUCUCCAUCUUGAUGAAUUCUAUUCCGAAACCUAAAGACGGUAUAAAAUAUUACAAACGCUUCGAGAGUGAUUCCGCGACGAUCGAAAAAGUGGUUGACAUCUUCGUUAAGCUAUUUUUCAAAAGUAAGCUUAAUAACUUUGACAGCAUCGGUACGAAAACCUUCGACUUUAUAUAUAAGAUGGUCAAUACUCCGGAUCUCGUCAGUCAGAAUAUAUUGAUAACGAUCUAUGAAAAAUUGCAAGCGCUUGCCAAUACACUUCAGAAGCGGGAAGAAAAUCCAUUGUCGCAGGACGUCCAAAUUCCGGGGGCAACCCAGGAGGAACAGAAUCGAUCAUCGCAGGCUACACAAACUAGUAAACAAGCAAACAUUACGCUCCCAACAAUGCUGAUAGGGCGAUUCAUUUUAAUCAUCGGUUACGUAGCAAUGCGAGAAAUGAUACAUCUCGAUAUUGACGUCUAUGGUAACCUUAAGUAUCGCCAGGAACUGAAAGACGAGCUGAAAAACAUUAAGAAAAAGACUGCCCAAAACAAGAAUGCAUCUAUGCGGAAGACCAUAAGUAUGGAUGUUUCGGCCAGUAACGCACUCAAGCGCUUAUCCGGCACCAGCGGGAAAGAACAAGAGCAGCAAGAUGAGGAAGAACUGUUGAGCGGAGCUACCGCCGAAGAUACCAUUGCCGAGAAAAUAACCUACAUUUGCGAGACGGAAAUGCUUUACACCAAGGAAAGCCUGCUGGGUCGAUUUGUACCGACGAUAAUCGAAGUAUGUAAGCACCCGAACCGCUACAAAGAUGACUUGUUGCAAAAGUCAUCGGUUCUCACCCUGAUUCGGCUGAUGUCCGUCUCGUCCAGUUUUUGCGAAACCAACAUGCCGUUCCUGAUGAACAUUCUGCAGCACACCAAAAACAACCACAUCAAGUGUAACAUCGUCAUCGGGCUUUCUGAUCUUACAUUUCGCUUCCCGAACGUGAUCGAACCCUGGACCAGCCACAUGUACGCUACACUGCACGAGAAAAACACCGAACUUCGUUUGACAGCGGUCAAAAUGUUGUCCAAUCUGAUCCUGCACGAGAUGAUCCGGGUGAAGGGCCAAAUUUCCGACCUCGCGAUGUGUAUUGUCGAUUCGGUGGCAGAAAUUCGAACGAUCACGGAACAGUUCUUCAAAGAAAUUGCCAACAAGUCCAACAUUCUGUAUAACGUACUUCCCGAUAUAAUAUCCCGUCUCAGUGACCCUUCGCUGGCGCUGGAAGAGGAAAAAUAUCACAUCAUCAUGCAGCACAUUAUCGGACUGAUCAACAAGGAUAAGCAAAUUGAAAGCUUGGUGGAGAAGCUGUGUCUACGGUUCCGUGUGACCAGCGAGCAACGUCAGUGGCGAGACAUUGCCUUCUGUCUGUCGCUGCUGUCGUACAACGAGAAAACCAUCAAGAAGCUGUCGGAGAAUAUCGGCUGCUUCAAGGAUAAGGUGCAGUACGAUGAGAUUCUCGGCUCGUUCAAGACCAUUAUUAGCAACACGAAUAAGCUUGCCAAACCAGAACUGAAGAAUGCAGUGGCCGAAUUCGAAAGCCGCCUAGAGGAGUGUUUGACGAUCAAUGAAGAUGGCGGCGCUGCUGGUGGCGGCGGCGACGGUCUCGGCGAGGACGAAGGUCCUAGUCAAUCUGGCGGAGGCGGUGCUGCUGGCGGGAGUCGAGGUAAUCGUGGUAAAGCAUUACCCGCUGGCAAAUCUUCCUCCCAGAGAAACAAAGCAACGGGAUCGAAAACACGCCGAGGGCGACAACAGAAGGUGUCCUCGUCGGAAAGUGAAACGUCCGACAGUGAGGAGGAAAAUAUGCCGCCGGCGGCAAGUGCACGGGCAGCGGCACGUGCCCGACAGAAUAAGAAGAUUACCAAGGUUAUCGAAAGCGACAAUUCAGACGAAAACGAAAUCCAACCACAGCCGAAGAAAGGCAAAGGGAGACGUUAGUAGCGUUCCAGAGGAGACUUCCCAAUAAUCACUGGACUUUGGUCAUUUCUUUCCUACAUUUAGUUCCCUAAUUUAGUUGUCUAAUUAUGUAUUUAAAUUAUACGAAGCAUUUACAAACUGUUGAAAGGAGGAAAAAAAAUUGAACUAAAUUAUGCAUCUAGAAUUGAGUAAGGUGAAAAGUUUACAUUUCACACCAUUUUUUGUUAAGUCCAAGACGGAGAACAGUGAAAAUAUAUAUUUUUCUUGAUAUACUUACCAAAGAAUCCGCAAGCUUAUUUCGCGUUAACCUUCCGAAAUCGUUUUUUUCACUUUUUUCAACCAGGAAAGGCAUGCCGGAACAUGCUGGUUUCUGAGCUCAACCAUCUGACCCUCGUGGUCGGUGUGAAGCCGCGCGCCGCAUCCCAAAGUGUUGGCAUGCGAGCACCUCCAGUGGAGACGCCGCUGUGAGGCGCCAUGUCGGUAAAAGCUGAUCCCUCCGUAGAGCAUCUUCUUCCCUCGGAAAAUGUCAUCCUGUUCCUGGCGUUCCGAACCGGAACCGGCCGUUCCCUGCAGUGGAUGGCUAUGCUGACCCGUUCCUUCGCGUAUCUCUCCGGUUCGACAGUUCAGUGACAGUGAUGCCUUGCAUUUGGACUUUCUUCUCAGCGAACAACGGUAAUAGGUGAUGCCUCGCCGCACUGGGCCACUUUUCUGGUAGUGAUGACCAAGAUAAACUAGUCCGGCCCGGCGUCUGUCGACCACGACAGGGUGUGUGGUGUCUGUGGAGGAAUUAUAUUGAUGUUAAGGGCUGAUUGAUUGUUACUUAUUCUAAUUCAUAACGUAGAUUGGUUAAAAUGAGAAUUUUAAAAGGCAAUGAGGCGAUGAAUAUUAUUUGUAUUUGCGUUGUUGAAUCAUCCCUAAGUAGUCCCUAAGCAUCGGCCAAAUGAUCUGAUGGACUCAGCGUGAUCUGGAACGUAAAGACAAUCAAUCAUUAGCAUUACUUUAUGCAUUUUAGAAUGAUGAUAUCAACACAAUUUCAAUUUGUGAUAGACGAAAGGAGGUGAUAUUAUUUCGAUAUCAACACGACAAUAGCUUUUCAGUUCAAUAAUAAUGUUUCGUUUUAUCUUCUUUCAUUCAAUUCUGUUUAAACUUAAUUACCAUUUCUUAAGGAUCGAUUCGCCUUCCUAUGUUAAUCCUUCUAUAAUGUAGUGAUUGCCAAAUGACAACUAAACAAAAUGUAUCAAUGUUGGGCUUAGAAUUUUCAUCGUAUUGUUUCAGGAAAAAAAAGUAUUCCCAAUCCCUUUCUUUGUACAGAAAAAAAGUUCGAAUAAACCGUAGUUACGUGAAUCACAUAGGUCUGAUGUCACUGAUGUUUUGCACCAGACAACUCCUAAAAUCGUAUUAACGACGAAAACAAAGAUAUAGAAAAGAAAAUUAAAACUAGCGACAACAGAAUACAGGGCAUCAUGAUACCAUUCCUCCCCUGAAAUUAAGUCGAUAAAGCAGAGCUCUCCUAUUAAGUUCGCACGAAGGAUUUAAAAAUAGAUGUUUCAACGUCAAAGAAUAGCUUUCCGCUAGGGGCAGCCGAUAUGCGUUACGAAUUCAUACACUGUUAAACGAAAUCAUGCUAAUAUUGGACAAAUUGUAAUUGAAUUUUUUUCUUCAAGACGGUUAUGUUAUUUUGAACCACUUAUAUAAGGCUUAUACUUCAAUUCAAUGAAUAAUAUUUAUCCUGUGCACGGGAUUAAUUUCACAACAAAGAAACGUUCCUAGCAAAAUUUUGGUUUUGAGAUUCUUUCGUCCACAAUCGAAACGGCCCGAAAGAAACGCGAAGUAUUGCUUCUAAAAUAAUAAAAUUAUCAAUGUUCCUGGUAUUGAUAGUUAUACUUUUCGUUUGUCCUAGACACUCGUUCCAAAAAUAUACCUCAUUCGUACAUCAAACCAUCAUCAUCUUCCGCAUUUCGCGCGUCUCGCAAAAAACCCCCGCAGCGCAGUGAAUUUACGUGUUCCUUAUCUUGCCCGGGACAUAGUUCUUGUCGAUGGUUGGUUCCUGCAGGAACAUAUGCAAACAGCGCUCAUUCUGGGCUAGCGGGUGGCCGGCAAUCUUGUUCACGAACUGCUCCAAACCUUUUCGUCGCUCCUCGAUGAAGUUCUCGUCAAAAAUUCCGUCGUCACCGCGAAACGGCAUCUGUCGUUUCCAUGCUUUGCCCGGCAAAGGAGGUACAACAAUCUGUCGAAAAAAAAAUAGAAACAGAAGUGAACCCUAAGGACGCUAUCGAUUGAUUCUAUAAUUGCUAAUCGGCUUUCGAACACACGUCAGUUAUGUGUUUAUUCAGAAAGACUCGUAGAAGAAA